AAGAAAUUUUUUAAUAUUUAUUUUCUUUUUAUUAGUUCACGGUUAUAGAAAUUAGCAACUUAAUAUUGAGAAAGCAUUCAGAGCUCUACGAGCAGAAGAGAAAGUAGUCGAAGAAUUAAAUAAACGAUGCUGCGGCCUGCACAUUAUAUCUAUAUAACGUUUUCCUUUUUGAAUUGUUUUUUGGUCUCUCUGUUUAGGUAAAAUCUCUCGCUGAUUCUGGUCAACUGUGCGUGGUUGAUUGGGUGGAUUUUUUUUUUUUUGGAUUCAGACUGUGAAAGGUAAAGGGGGUUUACAAUUAUAAUCUUUUGAUUGGUUGAGAGUGCCGAUAACUAUUUGCUAUUGAUUCUUAACUCAGCGAGUUUUAAAGAACAAGAAAAUGACAUAACGUUUCAAAAAUGAGGUCAAGUGGGUAAAAGACUUGAAUAGUUUGGGGCCAACAAGUAUAUAUAAACCAUUUCAUUUUUUACUAAUUGUACAAGAAAACAAGGAUUUAGUUGAUGGUGAAUAAACUAAUGCAGAAUCUUGGAAGAUGGGUCAACAAUGGCUAGAGUUCCUUGAAAAUAAUGCUAAUUAAGUCCUUGACUCUGUUUUCUUGGCUUACUUUCUCUUCCGUACUAAUCCCAAGGUGAUCGUUCUUGGAGGCACAAGAGCACAAAUGGGGAUGGCGAGUUUUUUCUUUGCUCGUUUCCUUCUGUUUGCAAUGUUAUUGAGUUUCAGCUAUGCAGCAAUAACACCAACAAGUCCCUUGUCAAUAGGCCAAACUCUCAGCUCGUCCAAUGGUAUUUACGAAUUGGGGUUCUUCAGUCCUAAUAACUCCCAAAAUCAAUAUCUUGGAAUCUGGUUGAAGGAUCCUGUUCCCCGCGUCGUUGUGUGGGUGGCCAAUAGAGAAAAGCCUGUUGUUACAGACUCCACGGCAAAUCUAACUAUCAGCACCAACGGAAGCCUUAUCUUGUAUAAUGGCAAACAUGGUGUUGUCUGGUCCACUGGAGAAACUUUUGCAUCUAACGGGUCUAGCGCAGAGCUUACAGACGAUGGAAAUCUUAUGGUAAUAGAAAAUGUUUCGAGAAGAACUAUAUGGCAAAGCAUUGAUCAUCUUGGUGAUACUAUGCUCCCUUUCUCAACCCUGACGUAUAAUCUCACCACCGGUGAGAAGCGGGUGUUGACUUCUUGGAGAAGUUACACUGAUCCAUCUCCUGGCGACUUUGUUGGUGAGGUUACACCACAAGUACCACCACAGGUGCUUACUAUGAGAGGCUCGAAGACGUAUUGGAGAAGCGGUCCAUGGGCUAAAACAAGAUUCACCGGGAUACCAGUGAUGGAUGCAUCAUUAACUAGUCCAUUUAGUCUUCAGCAGGAUGCAAACGGGUCAGUAUCUUUUUCUUAUUUUGAUAAAAACUCCAAACCUCCACGUAUAACAAUAACAUCAGAAGGCUCACUGAAGAUUUUUCAUCAUAAUGGAACUGACUGGGAAGUAGACUAUGAGGCUCCAUUAGCCAAUUCAUGCGAUUUUUAUGAUGUAUGUGGACCUUUUGGGUUGUGUGUUAUGUCACCAUCCCCAAAGUGUAAAUGCUUCAAAGGGUUUGUGCCAAAAUCUAUUGAGGAGUGGAGAAGAGGAAACUGGACUGAUGGUUGUGUGAGGCGUACAGAACUAGAUUGUCAGGGAAAUUCUACUGGAAAAGAAGCAGAUGUUUUCCAUCCUCUUGCAAAUAUAAAGCCUCCAGAAUUUUACAAAUUUUCAAGUACUUUGGAUGCUGAAGACUGCCACCAAACUUGCCUCCAGAACUGUUCUUGCUUGGCCUUUGCUUAUAUUAAUGGAAUAGGGUGCUUAGUAUGGAACCAGGACCUUGUGGACGCUGUGCAAUUUUCUGUGGGAGGAGAGACUCUUUCAAUUCGUCUUGCACAUUCUGAGUUUGAUGGAAAUAAGCACAAGAAGAAAAUCGUUGCCACUUCGGUGAGCCUUACCGUUGUUGUGAUCUUGGGAUUUGCUGCGUUUGGUUUCUGGAGAUACAAAGUGAAACAUAACGCUCAUAUAUCAAAGGAUGCAUGGAGUUGGAGUAGUGACUUGAAAUCACAAGAUGUACCAGGUUUAGAUUUCUUUGAUAUGAAUACCAUACAAACUGCUACCAACAAUUUCAGUCCAUCAAACAAACUCGGACAAGGUGGAUUUGGUUCCGUCUACAAGGGAAAGCUGCAAGAUGGAAAAGAAAUUGCUGUAAAACGGCUUUCUAGCAGUUCUGGACAGGGCAAAGAGGAGUUCAUGAAUGAGAUAGUACUCAUCUCGAAACUCCAGCAUAGAAACUUAGUCCGAGUUUUAGGAUGCUGCAUAGAAGGAGAAGAAAAGCUAUUGGUUUAUGAGUUUAUGGUGAACAAAAGCCUCAAUACCUUUAUCUUUGAUUCAAGAAAAAGACUCGAGAUAGAUUGGCCAAAGAGAUUUGAUAUCAUUCAAGGUAUUGCGCGUGGACUUCUAUAUCUCCACCGUGACUCAUGCCUUAGGGUAAUUCACCGAGACCUGAAGGUCAGCAACAUUCUUCUAGACGAUAAAAUGAACCCAAAAAUAUCAGAUUUUGGUUUGGCUAGGUUGUAUCAGGGAACCGAAUAUCAAGACAACACUCUCCGUGUUGUAGGAACUUUAGGAUAUAUGUCUCCUGAGUAUGCAUGGACUGGGAUGUUCUCUGAGAAGUCAGACAUCUACAGCUUUGGAGUUAUGCUGUUAGAAAUCAUCAGUGGAGAGAGGAUCUCAAGGUUCAGCUAUGGAGAAGAAGGGAAAACCCUUUUUGCAUAUGCGUGGGACUCUUGGUGUGAAACUGGAGGAACUGACCUUUUGGAUAAAGAUGUUGCGGAUUCAUGUCAGCCUUUAGAAGUUGCGAGAUGUGUUCAAAUUGGUUUGCUCUGUGUUCAACACCAACCUGGGGACAGACCCAACACACUUGAGUUGCUAUCCAUGCUCACCACAAGAUCAGAUCUUCCAUCACCAAGACAACCCACAUUUGUAGUGCACACGAGCGACGACGAAUCGCGUUUUAGGGAGUUGCUAACUGUCACUGAGACGACACAAUCUGUGAAAAAUGAUAGUUGAUGGAAAUUGUAGAAUUGAGUUGUGUUGAUUGCUCAUUUGUUGGUCUGACUUUUCAGUGUUCUCA